GGAAACGGAAAGAUGGCGGUCAAGCCAUAAUUUUGCGAUGCAUCGGAUAUAGUUUAUAAAUGGGGCGUCUCACUUUCCCAAGGGAUUUAUCCGAGUCAUAAUAUUAUCGUACGAUGUGACCACGCUGAUUACGACCAUCCCGUGAAGCAAAUCUUGUGAAGAACGGAAGAAAACAUAGAAGAGGGAGAAGAAGGGAGAAGAGAGAAAGAGAACGGACACCCAGUUUAUACGUAACGAGUGUCGAAGCGGUUCAUUGCUCCGCUCUAACUUAUCGCCAAGAUGGAUUGGGACUCGAUCACGAUAGCGAACCUUCACUUAACGAUGACCGAACACCAAUACUACGAGGACAUUUUUAGUUAUUGUUGCGAAAACACUGACAGCGAGAGUGUACCGGUGAUCAAAGUCGCCGAGCUGCUACGCUCGGCAAAUUUACCAGGACUUGUCACGAUGAAGAUAUUGGAUAUUUGUUUUGGAACUGAAGCACCUUGCAUCGCAACACACCUUGGAAAGAAACAAUUUUAUGGAUUAUUGAAACUUGUGGCAGCUCAUCAAGCAGGACUUAAUAUUCGCAAAGACUUAAUCACUAUACUUUUAGACGUCAUAAGGCUGCCAAAAUUUACUUGGCCAACAUCAGGGGAUGAAGAUGACAAAAGAAGUUUUGAUUCAUAUAGAGCUGUGAAAGGUCGACAUCAUGCUCCUGAAAGUACUACAGAAAGUGAAAGCGAAGCAGAAUCUCCAAGGGAAACUGGAGGCAGUACAGAUUCACCGACACCAACAAACAGUAUAAUACAAGAACGAAAUAAUGAUAUAGGUGGUGAAACAAUAUUGGACUCCGUGACAGGAGGUUGGCAAGGUUUAUCUGAAGAACUAAGACAAUUAUUAGGGACUGAAGAAGAAAGUUCAGAACGUCACAGCAGUGACGAAGGUGAUAGUGAUGGUGAUUGCUCAGGAUUUCCACCAGAAGUAUGGAUAAUAACUGACGAACAACGUGACUAUUAUACAACUCAAUUUUCGCAGCUACAAUUAGAUUCUGAUGGACUCCUGCAUGGUCAUAUUGCCAGGACAUUUUUCCAAAAAUCUGGCCUUCCUUUUGAAGAACUUAGUCACAUUUGGCGGCUAGCAGAUAUAACCAGGGAUGGGGCAUUGAGUUUAGAAGAAUUUCUUGUGGCUAUGCAUUUGGUUGUGUUACGAAGAAAUCAUGUGCCUCUACCUGAUGUGUUACCUCCACCUCUAUUAAAUCCACUGCUUACAACUGCUCAGAGAACUCCACCUAAUACCACAAGCACUUGUGAAAAAAACAAAGAAUGGACAAAAUUUGUGGAUUCUCCAACCGGAACUAAUAGCUCCCUUACGAUCCCAGGUCUGCAAUUAGUAAAUUUUGAUUUUCAAAAGUCUGAUGUUGCGAAAGAUCCUAAAAUUUUGCAUCCAGUACCAUUACGCUUAACACCUGAAGCAGCUAUUCUUGCUUCUGGAGCAAAUGGUAAUAGUAAUAGUUGCACUACAUUAGGAGAUGAUGACCUUCAACCUGCUGCAACAGCAUUGCUUCAGAGACCUUUAAUUAAAAAACCAUCUGCUCCUCCUGAAGAUGGACUUAUUGUAACUCCAAAGAAGGAACCACCACCUCCACCACCACCCAGGCCAUAUAGAACACAUGCAAGAAGUUCUAGUCUUGAUCUUAAUAAACUAGGGAAAAAUGGUCAAAGUUUCCUUGGAGCACCUCCACUAAUUCCGCCUAGAGUCUCACCUGGAAUUACUUCACCUCGAAAGUUGGUUGGGCAAAAAAGUGAGGGAGAGGGACAAAAAACUUUAAGUGAUAAUCAAAGUUUUGUCGCUGAUUUUUCUCACUUUUCUCCAAAGAGCGAACUACCAGAAAAUCUGCCUUCGGAAAGCACUACUCCUCAAUCACUACGAUUUAGUGGUGUCUGUGGUGCAUUUCAUAUUUAUAGAAAACCCAGUCCGAAACGAGAAGGAGGAGAAGAGGACACCCCGAAGGACGAAGUGGAAGAAUCGAAAAAGUUAACGUUACAAGAGUUGCGAGAAAAGAAUGCUGAAUUGCGAUUAGUUUGCGAAGAAUUAACACGAGAAUUAACCAACGCACUCCAGGAACGUAUAAAUCUUCGUGCGAAACUUUUACUUUUAACAUGAUGGAAUUUGUUACCAUUUGUGAA